AUGUAUCAGCAUGGCUUCCGACUACCGUUGCAUCCUUGGGUGCAGAUGAUGUUGGCCAAGCUGGGGUAUGCGCCGGGGCAAUAUAAUCCCAACUUUUGGCUUCUUCUUCAUGGGGUGUAUAUAGCUUGGUGGUUAGUUGGGUUGUGGGAGCCGACAUUUGAACAAUUUAUGUAUCUCUACUCGAUCUCCAAGCAACAGGGAACCUUUGGCUGGGUACAAGCCAAUUGCCAAAAGGCAAAAGAAAGAGGUUAUCUUAUUCGCCACAAGCCUUCUACUCAGAAGUCUUGGAGAAACAGGUGGUGCCUGGCCUAUGGUAAUUGGGAGUGUCCGCCAGGGAAGGUCGUCUCCAGACACGUUCCAACCCACUUCCAGUCUAUAGGUUCAGUGAAGUGGGGCCCGAUCUCCAAGGACCAAGAAGAGGAAGUUGAGAAGGUGAGAUCACUAUUGUCAGAGGCCAAGCGUGAGUGCAAAAACCUAGUCACCCAGAAGAAUUUGCUUGAGUCCGCAUUUUGCAAGGGAGGAAGCACAAAGGUGGUCGUAGAUCUGGAUGAUGUCGAGAUGCAGAAAUGGCUUAGGGAGUCUCGGCCGCAGAUAGCUGGGAAGGGGGUAGCCAGGCAAGUGACUGGGAAGCGUCCUAGAGAUGAUGACGAAGGCUGGGUUGCCGAGGUGCUGGGAAAGAAGAGGGCGCUGGAGGAAGCUCACUGGAGUGUAAUGAGAACAGGGCCGAGACUUCAUCCCUUUGACCCGUAG